CGUUUAUUUUUUUUUGGGGGGGGGUGAGCCUUUUCCUUUCAGAGACAGACGAACGGAGUUGGAAGGGACCCUGGAAGUCAUCUAGUCCAACCCCCAAAGAGGCCAUAUGGCCGUUUCUAACAGAUGGGCCGUCCAGCCCCUUCUUGAAACUUGGGAGACCCGGCGAACAUUUGGCGCAAACGCGGUCACGACAGGAAAAACCACUCGCCGAAAUGCGUAGAUGGAAAAACUGAGCUAAAUUUGGAUUUGGGGCGAAAGCGAAAGCGCGGAGAACGAAGCUAGAAGCGCCCGUUGUUUCUUCGGGUUGCUCGCUCGAACGCGGAACGCGGGAGCCAACGGAGCGCCUGGCCGGCUCCCUCCGAUUCAGCUUCGCUCCUGUGACGUCCUUCCUGCCAGGAGAGGAUUCGGAAAGCCCCCCCUCCCUGCUUGGGUUGCUCUUCCCGUUAGAAACCCUGAAGACCGACAGGAGGAGCAUCUGAGCAACAUGGGUGCAGCUGAGUCAGUUGAAGACCUGAGGAUCGUCAUGGUUGGCAAAACGGGCAACGGGAAAAGUGCCACCGGGAACACCAUUUUAGGGAGGGAAGCGUUUAUAUCCAAGAUGCAGCCCACAUCCGUCACCGUCAGAUGUCAAAAGGAAACGGGCACCCUGCCAGAUGGGAGGACACUGGCUGUGAUCGACACGCCGGGCUUUUUUGAUACAAAGUCCCCCCAGCCAAAGAUUAUUGAGGAAGUUAAGAAAUGCCUCAACUUCUGCGCCCCAGGUCCCCACGUCAUUAUACAGGUCAUCCGUUUGGGCCAUUUCAGUGAGGAGGAGAUUGAGGUCGCCAAGCUGAUCAAUGACAUCUUCAGCCUGAAGGCCAAGGCCUACCUGAUUGUCUUGUUCACCCGCAAAGAAGACCUGGAGGGGCGCCCUCUUCAAGAGGUGCUGUCCGAGGGAGACAAAAGCCUGAGGAAGCAAAUCGAGAGUUGUGGGAAUCGGUACCUGGCUUUCAACAACAAGGCGGAAGGGAAGGAACGGCAGGAUCAGGUGGAUGAGCUGAUUCGGAUGGUGGAUGACCUCGCACGGAACAAUUGGCCAAAGCCCUAUUACACCAAAGAGAUGCUGGAGGAGGACAAGAAGAAGGCGCCUGGAUGGUUAUGUACCCUCCUCUGAUCCCGGAUAAAGUACUUUUACUAGACAUAAAGUACUUUACUAGAGAUAAAGUACUUUUACUAGAGAUA